GGCGGCGCGGGGGCCGCCGGGAGCCCGGAAGUCCGGGGAUGGCUGUGGGUCGCGUCUGGGCGGCUGCCGGGGCCUGCCGCCGAGGUAAGAUCGAUAGCGGCCUCGCGGGCAUGGCGCUUCCCGCGGGCGCCGGGGCUCUGCUCGCCGGCGCGGCCGCUGUCGCGCUGCUCUCGGCCGCGCUCGUGCUCUACGAGCUGUCGCCGGACGCAGUUUCACAAAGAGCAUUUUCACUGCAUAAAGCACAUUCGAUAAAGGAUAUGGAGAAUACGAUGCAGUUGGUGAGACACAUUAUACCUCCUCUGACUUCCCAGAAGCACAAAGGCCACGAUGGAAGAAUAGGUGUCGUCGGGGGCUGCCAAGAGUACACCGGAGCGCCCUACUUCGCUGCCAUCUCGGCUCUCAAGGUGGGCGCAGAUCUGUCCCACGUGUUCUGCACCCGGGAGGCCGCGCCGGUGAUCAAGUCGUACAGCCCCGAGCUGAUCGUUCACCCUGUUCUUGACAGCCCCAGCGCCGUUCGCGACGUGGAGGAGUGGCUGCCGCGGCUGCACGCCCUGGUCGUGGGGCCCGGCCUGGGUCGGGAUGAUGCGCUUCUUGAAAAUGUUAAGGGCAUCUUGGAAGCAUCCAAGGCCAGGGACAUCCCCGUUGUCAUCGAUGCAGACGGGCUGUGGCUGAUCGCUCGGCACCCGGCCCUCAUCCAGGGCUACCGGAAGGCGGUUCUCACUCCCAACCACGUGGAAUUCGGCAGACUCUCUGAAGCCGUGCUGAGAGACCCUGGGGACGGCAGCGAUCAUCGUGAAGCUGUGCGAAGACUCAGCCGGGCCUUGGGGAAUGUGACCGUGGUCCAGAAAGGGGAGCGGGACGUGAUCUCCGACGGCGAACAGGUGCUCGAGUGCGUGCAGGAGGGCAGCGGCCGCAGGUGCGGUGGCCAGGGAGACCUGCUGUCGGGCGCCCUGGGUGUCCUGGUGCACUGGGCGCUGCGUGCCGGACCUGAGAAGACGAACGGGUCCAGCCCUCUCCUCCUGGCCGCCGUGGGCGCGUGCUCGCUCACGAGGCAGUGCAGCCGGCAGGCCUUCCAGAAGCACGGCCGCUCCACCACCACCACCGACAUGAUCGCGGAGGUCGGGCCCGCGUUCCGCAGCCUCUUUGAAACCUAAGCAGAGGCCCCGGGAAGUGAGCUGCCCACGGACAGGGAGGCUGUUUGUCACAGGAAGCCUGUGUCCCAGCCCUUGGGUGGCAGACCGCGUGGUCCAGGGGUGGAUUUUUGGCUGCGUGCGCAGCUGGAGAGGUGACACUAGACCAAGAAUUCCUGAACUCCUCCGAGCUGCUCGGCAGGAGACGAGCCGCUGAGCUCUGCGUGUGCUCCAGGAACUCAGGCCCACCCUACCCACGUGCCGUGCGUCCACGCGACGACAUCCCCGCGGUGGGUGCCCUCACGGGUCCUGUCGAUCCUGUUCGGUACCUGUGAGAGUGCUGGUGAGGUGGCGGUCCCCAAGCAUUGUGGCCCUGGUGGUUGUGCUCACGUGCGCUGCUCAGACACUGAUCCGGUUGGAAUCGUCUGGGCAGAAGUCGUCUGCAUCGACUGUGGUUAAUGGGAGUGUUUCAUAACAACCAGUGACCGGUUUCUGGAGGACACAGGACACUGAGCCCCGAGCAUGAGGGCAGGGCUCUGCCUGCUCCUCCUUCAUGUGCGCUCGAGUCUGCUGGCGGGAGGCAGUCUCCGGGGAACCCUUGGGAUGUGGCCCAGCCGUGUGCUCUCUCGGGGAGGCAGGACAAAGCUGGACACUCGGAGGGCGUGGCCACACACGGGCCAGUACUGGUCCCGGGAGGCCCCAGGUAGGGGGACUGAACAUGGUGAUCGGAAGUGGAUGUCCCCUCAGGAGCAGAAUCUGUGAAAGAAGCGUGCUCUGCGAGGUGCCUUGUGAGCCUCUGGCUGGCUUCUGGAUGGUGCUUUGGACGCGCGGUUUUCUCUGCGGCUCCCCGUGGGCUUGGGUCCUGCGCACGUGAGUACUUCCGUAGGCUUCUCCGUGCUUUCUGCCAGGACGGGACCGUGUGGAUCCUUUGUCCCGCUUCGCGGAUGCUCUGGGAUUCAGUCCCCUCGCCCCAGACCGAUUCUACUUUAAAACCAGAUUUCUUAAAAACCGGGCACCGCUCCUCUUUCGCACGUCGUUGAGAAGCCUCACCGUGUUUUCUUCUGGGCAGUUGUAUCUAAAUCCUGGUAGCUAUUAAAAGGCAAAUUUGGUUUAUCUCAA